AGGAUACCCGUGGGCAGCGUUACAGUUAUUCCGUCUGAUCAUUGUUUCACCCGACAAGGAUUACAGAUACAGGUAUCCACUGGGAACAGAUCAUCGAGAUUUCUUUUCGACUCUUUCUUCGGUUUGGAGGUACCUCUCUUAGAGGAGCAGAGUGUGGAAGAUGAGGACGAAGACCCUCAGGUCAGGAACUGCUCAUGCGAAUGCAGUGGGCCGAACCAGGAGAAUCGUAUAGUAGGCGGCGUUGCAGCGGGUAUCAACCGGUACCCGUGGAUGGCACGGCUGGUCUAUGAUGGUCAAUUUCACUGCGGGGCAUCAUUGCUGACGAAGGAGUAUGUUUUGACAGCGGCUCAUUGUGUUAGAAAACUUAAACGAUCCAAAAUUCGAGUGAUACUGGGCGACCACGAUCAAACGAUAACGACGGAGAGUGCUGCUAUCAUGAGAGCAGUCACUGCCAUCGUCCGACACCGUAGUUUCGAUGCUGAGUCCUACAACAACGACAUAGCUUUACUAAAACUUCGAAAACCAGUCACUUUUUCGAAGAUCAUCAAACCAGUGUGUCUCCCUCCAGCAAGUGUAGAUCCAUCAGGCAAGGAAGGCAUUGUAGUUGGCUGGGGCCGUACGUCCGAAGGGGGUCAGUUACCUGCCAUCGUGCAGGAGGUGCGUGUUCCGAUCCUAUCGCUUACGCAGUGUCGUGGCAUGAAGUAUCGAGCCUCACGCAUUACUAACAACAUGCUUUGCGCGGGUCGAGCCUCAACGGACUCAUGUCAAGGUGAUAGUGGUGGACCGUUAUUGCUACAACAAGGCGACAGAUUUCAGAUUGUGGGUAUUGUGUCAUGGGGUGUAGGGUGUGGUAGACCAGGUUAUCCCGGUGUUUACACUCGGAUAACCCGAUACUUACCUUGGUUGAGAGCGAAUUUACGAGACACGUGUCUCUGUGGUACCUAAUUUAUUUAUAUUUUUCUAUUAGCAUAUAUAAAUUAUUAUAUAUAUUCGUCUUAUCAGGCGUGAAAUAAUUAUCCUUGUUAAAUAUUCAACAUUAUUUUUGUAUAAAUGUAUUUUGACAACAAUGUUUUCAACUUUGGAAA